CAAUACACAUGUUAGCUAAGAAUUGUCCAUCAAAGACAAGACAACAUUUUCACCCCCUACAUAGAAACUAAGAUCGCUACCACUCACUUCCAAACAUUUCAUCUUUCAACCACCGCCUAUGGCCGCAGACGCCGCCGCCUCCGACACUCCCACCCGUUUAAUGAAAAUCAUAGCAGGAGCAGACUCCUUCGGUUGCUCCCUCAAAGACGCUCUCGUCUCUCACCUCCGCUCUCUCAACAUCCAAGUAAAAGACCUCGGCACCUCCUCCUACUACUCCAUUGCCGCCGAAGUCGGCCGCCGCGUCUCCUCCGCCAACGCUAAAACUAACUCCCCAUCCCCAGAAACUCGCGGCCUUGUAGCAUGCGGAACAGGCGUCGGCGUGUCCAUGUUCGCCAACAAGUUCCCCGGUGUUUACGCAUCCACGUGUCUUUCCACUGGAGACGCCACCAACACCCGCUCCAUCAACAACUGUAACGUACUCGCCGUCUCCGGAAUGUCCACGUCACCAGAAGCCGGUAUAGAGAUACUCAACACGUGGCUAACCACUCCAUUCAAAGCACCUUGUCCCGCUUCUAACUUCACUCCCUGGAGCCAAGACAUCUCCGAGUUUCUCGAUAACUCGCUCACAGAAAUGCAUGGAAUCGGACAGAAAUAUGACAAAGUUGACAACUCUAAGGAAGAAACCGUAACCCCAUAGUCUCUAUGCUCCUUAAUGAAGAACCGAAAACUCGAACCGGUUGAUUUGAUCCCGGGCGGUUCGAUGAAGAUUGUUCGAGAGAGUCCAACCUCAGCAGUAGUGAGGUUUAAGGCGGGGAGUGUAGAACCAGCGCAUCACCAUACAUUUGGACAUGAUGUGGUGGUGAUGAAAGGGAGUAAAAGAGUAUGGAAUUUGAGCAAGAAGGUGAAGUAUGAUCUGGGUGUUGGUGAUUAUUUGUUUACUCCGGGUGGUGAUGUGCAUAGAGUUGAGUAUUUUGAAGAUACCGAGUUUUUUAUUAAGUGGGAAGGGAAAUGGGAUCUUUUGUUUGAUGAGGAUCUUGAGGUUGCCAAGAGUGAGAUUGAGAAAGGUGGUGGUAAUGGAUUUGAGUGGAUAAAAUAGAAAUGAUUCUGCUUUUGUUCCGUGCCUGGUAACACGGACACGGAUAUCGCGAAAUGAUCUUACUUUAAGGUUUUCUAUAUGAAAAAUGAAGUUGCUUGCCAAAGCAUCAAAUGUCCGAAACGUUUUUGAAGCAUAACAUAAUUAAGUGUCUGUGCUACAUAAGUUGUGUGCAUAUAUACAUCGAGUUGUGUUUGCAAUAACUAUAACUGCUUUUUAGCUUCAUUGUUGGAUGGUAGAUGUGUUUGAUGUUUGUAGGGAUACAAGCUAGUUGGGCUACUGUUGAUUUGCUCGAGAUCGAUUUGAAAAAUUAUAGUAGAGUUCGAAUUCGAGUUAUUCGAGUUUAAUCUCGAUCUGAGCUCAAGUUGUUUGAGUUUAAUAUCGAACUAGGAUUCAAGCUCUGCUCUGAGAUUCAAAUAAAGAGACUCGAGAAAUUCCCUAAAUACUACAUAGGGGGUAGAUGGAAACUUUAUAGUCCUUCAAUGUUUUUAUGGUAGCUUUUAAGAUCUUAGCAACA